UCAGUAAACAACACACUGGUUAGAAGCUGCUACACUUAGUAGAGGGGGGCGGGGGGGAAAUCAUUUUAUUUCCCCCCCGAAAAAAAUCCCUCUUGGCGUUUUACUUUUUUUUUAUUCCUCCUUUCUCGCCUGCAACCGGUUACCCGCACUGAUGGUAUUAAUUUCAUUUUAUUGUUUUGCUUUUGGUUAAGAGGGAGAGAGAGAGGAAAAAUGUGGAUUCAAGUGCGGACUAUCGACGGCAAGCAAACGCGCUGCAUAGACGAUUUAUCCAGACUGACCAAAAUUGAAUGUUUGCGAUUAAAAAUCCAAGAGAGCUUCAAUGUGGACCCGGAAUGCCAACGCUUGUUCUACAGAGGCAAACAGUUGGAAGAUGGCCAUAGUCUGUUUGAUUACAACGUGGGACUGAAUGAUAUCAUUCAGCUUUUGAUUCGUCAGCCUGCUUCCUCCACAGUGAAGAAAAAGGAGAAUGAGGUUGAGCUUUCAGACAGUGACUCAGGAUGCAGCUCAUCACAGAGCGAGUGUGACAAAACCUCUUCCAGUGCAGAAAGCAACAAGAAAAAUCGUCCAGGAACAUCGACGCGAUCGUUUCUCAUAGAUCCAGGCUUUGGGUUGUACAAGAUAAACGAAUUGGUGGAUGCCCGUGAUUUGGUAAUUGGAGCCUGGUUUGAAGCUCACAUUGUAAAUAUUACACGGAGUGCAAAGGGACAGAAAAGUGGUGCAUCGAAAAAUGAUGCCAAUGGAAAUGAGAGGACAAGGGCACAUGCUCAAUAUGUUAAAGAUCCCUCGGACCAAGAUCAGUCGCAGCACUGUAGUGGGGUAGCAUCAAAUAAUUUGGACUGUACACCAUCUACAUCCACUGUGGAUUCUACAGACGAUGACAUUGUGUAUCAUAUCAAGUAUGAUGAUUAUCCAGAGAACGGUAUAGUGGGAAUGUGUGCAGAAAAUGUUCGGCCACGAGCUAGGACAGUUUUGAAGUGGGAUCAGCUUCAAAUAGGACAAGCUGUGAUGGUAAAUUACAAUUUGGAGAUACCAGAGGAACGUGGUUUCUGGUUUGAUGCAGAAGUUACCGCUCUGAAGGAGACAUCAAGGACAAAUAAAGAAAUCUUUGUUAAAAUUCUUUUGGGUGGCCCACUAGAUAUGAUAGGUGACUGCAAGGUGCCAUUUUUGGAUGAAAUCUACAAGAUUGAAGGACCUGGAGCUGAUCCAAUAACACUAGCUGAUGGACAGUUUAAAAGGAAGAGUGGCCCUGAAUGUAAAUACUGCAAGGCAGAUCCCGAGAAAGAAUGCAGAUUUUGCGCCUGUCGAUUAUGUGGUGGGAAGCAGGAUCCAGAUAUGCAGCUGUUGUGUGAUGAGUGUAAUAUGGCAUAUCACAUAUACUGCUUGAACCCACCCCUCAGCAAGAUACCAGAUGAUGAGGACUGGUAUUGCCCCUCCUGUAAAAAUGAUACAAGUGAAGUUGUGCGAGCAGGGGAAAAGCUGAAAGAAAGUAAGAAGAAGGCCAAGAUGCCAUCUGCCAGCACUGCAAGUCAGAGAGACUGGGGCAAGGGUAUGGCCUGUGUUGGUCGCACAAAGGAAUGCACAAUAGUUCCUUCUAACCAUUAUGGUCCCAUACCUGGCACUCCCGUUGGCACAAUGUGGAAGUUCAGAGUUCAGGUGAGUGAAGCAGGUGUUCACAGGCCACAUGUUGGAGGGAUUCAUGGACGAAGUAAUGAUGGAGCCUACUCCCUGGUACUAGCUGGCGGCUUUGAAGAUGAAGUGGACAGAGGUAAUGAAUUCACGUACACUGGAAGUGGUGGUAGAGAUCUUUCUGGAAACAAGCGAAUUGGAGAGCAGUCAUACGAUCAAACUCUCACCAACAUGAAUAGGGCAUUGGCUCUUAAUUGUGACGCCGUGCUGAAUGAUGAGGUUGGAGCGGAAGCCAAAGAUUGGAAGGCUGGGAAAUCAGUCCGGGUUGUCAGAAGUUCAAAAGGACGGAAAGUCAGCAAAUAUGCACCUGAGGAAGGCAACAGAUACGAUGGAAUUUACAAGGUGGUAAAAUACUGGCCUGAAAUUGGGAAAUCGGGUUUCCUGGUGUGGCGCUAUCUGUUGCGACGUGAUGACGUAGAACCCGCUCCUUGGACCCCAGAAGGGAAGGAUAGGACAAAGAAACUGGGGCUGAAAAUGCAGUAUCCUGAAGGAUACCUGGAAGCCAUGGCAAAUAAGGAGAAAAAGGGCAAGAAACAGGAACCAAACUCAGUCGUGAACAAUUGUGGCAGAGCAGCUCAAAAGAGGCGGCAGGAAAAUGCUAGCACUGCCACUGUGACUGCACCACCAGCACCGAAGACUGUGAAGCUUGCUCAGGAUGAUGCUGAGGGGGAAACGUACCAACUUACACCACAGCAGCAGUGGUUGAUCAGAGAGGACUGCUUAAAUAAGAAACUCUGGGAUGAGGCACUUGCCUCUCUUAUGGAAGGCCCGAAAUUCUUAAGGAAAACAGAGCAGAUCUUUAUGUGCAUUUGCUGCCAGGAGUUGGUUUUCCAGCCAAUCACAACAGAAUGCCAGCACAAUGUCUGCAAGCUUGAAGGGAAUUUAAGACGUGUUUCCCCAAAACUGCUCCGAAGUAAUCGAUUUCUUCUGUUAAAAAUGAAAAAGUGUAUCCAGACCAUGUCAUCUUCAACUAGGAGUGUGUAUGGUGUCAGUGGGCUGAGAGGAAGCAAGCAUGGAUUGAAGAGGAGAAAGCCAGCAAUCUUUGAGAAUAUUCGAGAGGAAUUACAUCACAAAUACAUUCUGAUUUUGUGACUGAGUGUUUUAUUGCCUUGUCAGAUUCUUAAAACACCUGAUGCCUCGGUGUGUUUAUUCAGUGAAUAGCUGAGCAAUAGCAAGAAUGCCCCAAGUUCAGUUGAUGAACUAUGUAGAGUUAGGUGACCUCAGCCAGGCUGCAGCAAGAUACUACAAUUCAGAACCCCUUGAGGAAUGGUGGUAGAAUUAGGUCAGAUUCCUGAUCCUGAUCCCCUAUCAAAAGUAAAUUUCUCAUGUAGUUAAGAUAGGCCUCAGCGAUGAUACCCAUUGUCAUCGAUUAGUUUGCUAAUAUUCACUGUAAGGGCUCACAUAUUGUUAAUGGCUACUUGGAUGAGUCCUGGUUUGAUAAAUUGGAGUUUCAGGAAACAAAGGGAGGUCCUAUUUUAAUAAAAAUGUACUGCCUCAAGUCUAUUUUGUGUGAUUAUAAGAAUGUACACGGUUAAGCAGAGCUGCAUUUUAAAAUGUCACCAACUUAAGGAACUGCUAUCUUUUAAAAAAAAAUCAGUCCUGUGGAAAUUUAAUUAUUUUUUGGGUUGCUAUGGUACAUAUUCUCAACAAGAGAGGACAUUCUUACAUAAUGUCAUUCUUGUGGGAGCAACAAGAUACUCGAACAGUACAAUACAGUAUAAAGUGCAUAUUUAUUUUUUUCAUCAGCGCCUGAGCAUUUUAUACUGUCAUCUUGUAGGCCAGUGUUAUUCCUCAGGUUCCUCCUUAGGCUGCAGUGAGUUCAUGUAGAUGUAUGCCGCAAGCAACAAUACAAAUCAGUGGUUCUCAACUGACACCACAUCCGGCUGGGGCGGCGGGGGGCAACCAAACUAAUGUCCUUAAAAAUAAGGUUAACUUGAGUGAGGCUCAUACUGUAGUAUUGCAAUGGUUCCUGCCAAUUGGUUGUAAACCAGUUGAGUCACACCAAGUUCCUUCUGUCAGCUUCACCUCCAAUUUCUCCCCUUCUGAAAUUCCCAUUAUGCACCCCCUCAACCAUUUAUUACUCAUUGUGCUCCACUUACACAGUGGCCUAGAUCUGCUCCAUACCCAGGCGCACAGGCUAACCUAGUAGACACUUGGACGAUGUGGGAGAAGUUGCUGCAGGCAAGGAGAAAGGUAAUAGGAACAGACUUAAAUAUUGAGGGGCAGGAAAGCCAGUGGGGAGGAAUUAACAGGGAAAGGAGGAACAUGUCAACCAAAUCUGCCUCUCUUUCCCCACCCCACAACCCCCCCAGCUUUUCCAAUGCUUACCAAUGCCAGUAUCCUUAAAUAGAUGGGGACUAGAGACUAUGAGGACUUUUUGGGGACCUGGACAGGAUGAGAACUGCUGAUCUGAAGUAAUUAUUCUGUUCCGGACA